AAUUUAUAUAAAUAUUUUCAUAUCUAUUUUAAACUUAUUACGCCACUGAUCUUUCGACCAUCUGAAACUUCUGGAGAGGAUUCUGGAGGCUCAGCCUAAAAACCGCAGAGAUCAACAGCUCAACAGUUUAGUUCGAACCGCGAUGUUCUUCGUCACGUUUUUAACGUUCUCGUUAUCACUAUCGUUAACACUCGUUUCCGGUUUAAACACAACGACCAUCUCAUCGUUAAUUAGUGCCACGUCUUGCGCACAAUUAUACGAAAAAGGAAUCGAAGCAUAUUUAGAAAACGAUUUCGAACGUUGCGUUCACUAUUUAGAAGCUUCCGUAGAAAAAUACCGGCAAUAUAGCCGUUCUCUUCAUGGAUGCCGCAUCGAAUGCAAAGAUCGCGCACGAGAUGUCCCAUUUCUCUACGAAGAAAACAUCGAGGACUUACAAUUUUAUGAAAAAACACUUAGAAAUACACUCUGCAUUUUAAAAUGUAGAGCGAGCAAAUUUUUACCUGAAGAGUAUAAUUUAAAUCCCGAAACUGAAACGAUUUUUAUUGAAAAGAAACCUUACGAAUAUUUACAAUUAUGUUAUUUUCAGAUUGAAGAGUACCAAAAAUGCGCCUCAGCGGCUUUUACUUAUUUAGUGUAUCACCCGGAUGAUAAAAUAAUGUUAACGAAUUUGAAGCAUUACUCGAAACUUCCUGGGGUCGAUGUAAAAGACAUCGUUAAUUUUGAAGCGCAAAUGUACGUUUAUUUGUACGUACACGGAUCUGAUGCUCACAUAAAUAAAAAUUGGGACGAUGUCAUCCAAAAUAUGGAGGAAUCGAUAACGUAUUAUUUAUACGCAGAAGAAGAAUGUAGGGCAUCUUGCGAAGGUCCUUUUAAUCAAGGAUGGUUCCCCGAUUUUAUACCUUCCAUAGCAAAUCAUUUCGCUUAUAGUUUAAGAUGUAAACGAAGGUGCCCAGAACAACUAUCUUCAUUAAAUGGGGAAAAAUAUGAUGAUUUAUAUCCUAGUCAUUACCAUUAUCUACAAUAUGCUUAUUUUAAAACUGAUAAAUUAAAGGAGGCUUGUGCAGCCGUUGAAACUUAUUUGAUGUUUUAUCCUAAUGAUGAAGUGAUGAUGUCGAAUAAGGAAUAUUAUUUAAAGCUGGAUGUUAAAAAGGAAUGGUUUAAACCGAGGGAGGAAGCCGAAGAAUAUUUUAAAAGGGAUCUAUACGAAAAGAGAUUGUUUAAAUUUAUUAUGAAGGAAUUUAAUGAAGAGUUGGAUAAGAAGAGAAUAAGAAAAGGAAAUAAAAUUAAAGUUAGUAAAAACGCGAAAGAUUUAAACGGAACUCACCGGUAUUUAGCCGAAGAUGUAUUAACCGAAUCGGAAUGCACAUCUUUGAUUUAUUUGGCGAAACUGUUUGCUUUACCCGGGGAUGGUUACAUUGGAAACAGAACUCCACACACUUUGAUGGAGAAUUUCGAAGGUGUUACUUUAAGUAGGACCUCUUUACUCACCUACGUUGGAAUGUUAAACGCAAACGACCUUAAAUUAAUAAUCAAAGUUACUGAAGACGCUAAAAAUCAUAUUCAAUAUUAUUUCGAAUUAAACAGAAAGUUGUAUUUUACUUACACCCAUUUAGUUUGUAGAUCUCCAGUUCCAGGAUCUCCAAGUAACCGAACUGAUUUUAGUCACGUUGUUCACGCCGAUAAUUGCAACUUAAAAAAAAAUUUAAAAUGCGAAAAAGAAUAUCCUAGUUACACGUACAGAGAUUAUAGCGCUAUUAUUUAUUUAAACGAUGAUUUUGAUGGAGGUGAAUUCGUUUUUGUUUCGGAUUUUUACGGGAAACAAUUGGAGAGUACUAUCAUCCCAAAAUGUGGUCGAAUGGUGGCAUUUUCAUCUGGAAAUGAAAAUUUGCACGCUGUAAAAGCGGUAACUAAAGGAUCAAGGUGCGCUUUGGCCGUUUGGUUCACUUUUGAUAAAAAGUAUUCAGAAAAUCGAAAUUUCGCUUAUCAAAUUUUAAAGGGGGCAUAAUAUUAGAAUAGAAUAAGAAAUGUAAAAUAAAAUGUUAUGUUGUUUGGUGAUAAUGAAGAAAAUGGUUAUAAAAAAAAUCUUAUUUAUUAAAACUCAUAUCCUCGCUACUUUUUAUUCAUCUCUCUGAUUAGUACAUUUCUUACAUUAUAACAUAAUUAAAAAAGUACACCUACGAUAUUUUUUUAAUUAUUUAUAAAUAAUUGGCAGUUUAUAUAAAAUUUUUCUAUGUAAUCGUACAGGCGUUCCGUGUACGUGCUGGAUGAACUCAAAAAUUUACCGCCAAGCGAUAGAGAAUUACAAAGUACAUUUAAAGAAAAAAAAAAUAAAAACGUUUUUGUACACAACAAAAUAAAAAUUUGCAAGAUCAUCAAAAAAACACCUUCGCAAUGAAAAUAUUACUUUGGUCUUGCAGUACAAAAAAAGUUAACGUAUAGAACAAUAAAUUGCGAAAAGUUAUCCAUAAAUAAAAAUUAUUUUUUCAUGAUUUUUUUUAUUACAUUUUUUUUAAUAAUUUCACAGUCUUAUUAAA